GUUCGCGGCUCUGACGCCGGCAGGGGACUCGAAAGCAACGCGAACUCACUCGCCAAUCAGAGCCAAGGAUGACUGUCUCGCGCUGCCUACGUAAUACGGAGUGGGCGGAGCUCAAACGUACGGCCGCCAGAGUUCCCCAGCGAAUCGGAAGUUUCGCUGCCCCCGACUCGGGGGUUGAUUGGUUACAUUCAGAACUUGCCUGUCAAUUUUGGAAGACGGAUGAAGGACAUUCCCUUAGAGACCCAAGAGCCCGCCUCCGCUCUCUAGUGUGGGAGGAGGGCCUUAAAGAGCCAGGUGCUUGACCCCUCCGCGCCGCCCUGCGCCCUGGAGAAACCGGGUGGAAGGUGCCAGAAGCGACUUGAGACACCCCUGUAAAGAUGGAACAGCAAGAGAAAGGGACUGGGCCCGAGGGGAACAACCUGUCCCUGCCAUCACCAGGGACCGAGCCGUGGACCCCUGCACCUUUCCCAGCCUUGCCACCUCUCCCCCUGGGCACCCCAGAUCCAGCCCACCUGGGGCUCCCUGAGAGCUUGGCCUCUGUCACCGUCCCCAUCCGUCUGGACGCCCUCUCCUACCUCCUGCACAGUGCCCUGCUGGGGGCCUACACCCUUCAACAGUCCUUGCCCUCCUGCCCCUGCACCCCCCAGACAUGCUGCACCCAGCCAGGCACAGCCACAAGGCCAUCCAGGGGACGCGGGGGCUGGGGCGUCCAGCGCAGGCCAGGCUGGGGCCAGGGCCAGCAGCGAUGGCGACCCGGAAGGGCUGAGAGGGGCUGGCUGGGGGGGUCUGGGGCUGGCCCCAAGACUCCGCCGGUGAUGCCAGCAUCACCACCAACGCUGCCUGACCAGGAUGGGAAGAAGGAAGCCCCAGGUCAGGAGCCACCCCAGGAGACGCCGCCUGCUGCAGCAGAAGACUGGGAGACAGAGUACUAGGACCCUGAAGGUCCAGCUCCCCAGACUCCUGAGAGGGGCCCCCAGGGUCACCAGGAGGCUUUUCCUGGAGCCCAGGGUGACCUCAGCUAUGGCAGAGAUACCCCAAGAAACAUCCUGCUCCCGUGUUUCUUCUCCCAAAACCACAGCCUCAGGAGUGGGUCCUGCGAGUCACCCCAUGAAAACUGGAGCUGAUUUAGGAUCCCACGCCAGCAAAAGCCCUGAGCCUCAUAUCUGUGCCCAAAGCCAUGCCUCUCCCCAUUCCCAGCACCACCUCCAACUACAGUGACAGCCCCAACCCCAUCCCCCCUGCCUCUGUAGCCCCAGUCCUGUCCCCACUCUCAGUAUCAUAUCCCCAACCCCACUCAUUCCCAUUUCCAUCCCCAUCUCCACCCUUAGUCCCAGCUCUGCACCCUCCUCCUCUACCUACCUCAGGCCAACCCAAUCCUCAUCCUUAACUGCCUCCUAAACUUGACCCCAAACCCAGCCCAUCUUCAACCCCAGCCAACCCCAUCCCAUCCUCCUUCUGGUCCCAGCCCCAACCAUGACGUGCCCUGUGACCCACCUGCAAAGAACCCCAUUGGCCCAACAUACCCAGACACCUGCCACCCCCCCGACCCCGUUUCCUGCCCUUGGGGGUGGGGAGCCUUGGUUGAACAAUAAAUGGAUGAC